GAAGGGGGAAGCGCCGAGGCUGCCUGACUGGAAUGAGGGUAGCGGCGGCGACUGCGGCGGCGGGAGCGGGGCCGGCCAUGGCGGUGUGGACGCGGGCCACUAAAGCGGGGCUGGUGGAGCUACUCCUGAGGGAGCGCUGGGUCCGAGUGGUGGCCGAGCUGAACGGGGAGAGCCUGAGCCUGACGGGCGACGCCGCGGGAGCCGACGCGGAGCCCUCUCUGGGGCCGGCUGCAGCCGCCUUCAACGGCCUCCCGAACGGCGGAGGCGCCGGCGACUCGCUGCCCGGGAGCCCGAGCCGCGGCCUGGGGUCCCCGAGUCCGCCGGCGCCUCCGCGGAGCCCCGGGGGUGAGGCGGGCGCGUCGCCGCCCGUGCGCCGGGUGCGGGUGGUGAAGCAGGAGGCUGGCGGCCUGGGCAUCAGCAUCAAGGGCGGCCGCGAGAACCGGAUGCCGAUCCUCAUCUCCAAGAUCUUCCCGGGGCUGGCGGCCGACCAGAGCCGGGCGCUGCGGCUGGGCGACGCCAUCCUGUCGGUGAACGGCACAGACCUGCGCCAGGCCACCCACGACCAGGCCGUGCAGGCGCUGAAGCGCGCGGGCAAGGAGGUGCUGCUGGAGGUCAAGUUCAUCCGAGAAGUCACACCAUAUAUCAAGAAGCCGUCCCUGGUAUCAGAUCUGCCCUGGGAAGGCGCAGCUCCUCAGUCACCAAGCUUUAGUGGCAGUGAAGACUCCAGUUCUCCAAAACACCACAACAGCACUAAGGACAGAAAGGUCAUCCCUCUCAAGAUGUGCUUUGCUGCCAGAAACCUAAGCAUGCCGGAUCUGGAAAACAGAUUGAUAGAGCUCCAUUCUCCUGAUAGCAGGAACACGUUGAUCCUACGCUGCAAAGACACAGCCACAGCACACUCCUGGUUCGUAGCUAUCCACACCAACAUAAUGGCUCUCCUCCCACAGGUGUUGGCUGAACUCAAUACCAUGCUUGGUGCCACCAGUACCACAGGAGGCAGCCAGGAGGUCAAGCACAUUGCCUGGCUGGCAGAGCAGGCAAAACUAGAUGGUGGAAGACAACAGUGGAGACCCAUCCUCAUGGCCGUGACUGAGAAAGACUUACUGCUUUAUGACUGCAUGCCAUGGACAAGAGAUGCCUGGGCAUCCCCAUGUCAUAGCUACCCUCUUGUUGCAACGAGGUUGGUUCAUUCAGGCUCUGGGUUUCGAUCGCCCUCACUUGGAUCUGACCUGACGUUUGCCACCAGGACAGGCUCUCGGCAGGGCAUCGAGAUGCAUCUCUUCAGGGUGGAGACCCACCGGGAUCUGUCCACCUGGACCAGGACACUUGUCCAAGGCUGUCACACCGCGGCUGAGCUGAUCAAGGAGGUCUCUCUAGGCUGCACGUUAAAUGGCCAAGAAGUGAGAUUUACUGUCCACUAUGAAAACGGCUUUACCAUCGCCAGGGAAAAUGGUGGUGCCAGCAGCAUACUGUACCGCUACCCUUUUGAGAGGCUGAAAAUGUCUGCUGAUGAUGGCAUCAGAAAUCUGUAUCUGGAUUUUGGGGGCCCUGAAGGAGAACUGACCAUGGACCUGCACUCUUGUCCAAAGCCGAUUGUAUUCGUGUUGCACACCUUCUUGUCAGCCAAAGUCACCCGCAUGGGACUGCUUGUAUGAGCAGCAGCAAAAAUCAGAAAGAAGCCUUGACUGUCAAAAAGUAUUCCCAC